AUGCCUGGUUUCUCUCAAGCUUCUGAUCUCAAUGCCUGGAAGGAGCUCCAGGAGCACCACACCACUGUGGGUCGCAACAUUGUCCUGAAGGAGUACUUCCAGAAGGACCCCAAGCGCUUUGAGAAGUUCAGCCGUACCUUCACCAACACGGUCGACAAUGCCGACAUUCUGUUCGACUUCUCCAAGAACUUCCUCACCGAGGAGACCCUGUCCUUGCUCGUCAAGCUGGCCAAGGAGGCCGGCGUCGAGGAGCUCCGUGAUGCCAUGUUCCGCGGGGACCACAUCAACUUCACCGAGGACCGUGCCGUCUACCACGUUGCCCUGCGUAACACCUCCAACGAGCCCAUGCAGGUCAAUGGCCAGAGCGUCGUUGAGGAUGUCAACUCGGUCCUGGAGCACAUGAAGGAGUUCUCCGAGCAGGUCCGCAGUGGUGAGUGGAAGGGUUACACCGGCAAGAAGAUCAACACCAUCAUCAACAUCGGCAUUGGUGGUUCUGACCUCGGUCCCGUCAUGGUCACCGAGGCCCUCAAGCCUUAUGGUCACCCCGACCUGAAGCUCCACUUCGUCUCCAACAUUGACGGCACUCACAUUGCCGAGGCCCUCAAGCACUCUGACCCCGAGACCACUCUCUUCCUCAUUGCCUCCAAGACCUUCACCACCGCGGAGACUACCACUAACGCCAACACCGCCAAGAGCUGGUUCCUGAAGACCGCCAAGGAGGAGUCCCACAUUGCGAAGCACUUCGUUGCGCUCUCGACCAACGAGCCUGAGGUCACCAAGUUUGGCAUUGACAGCAAGAACAUGUUCGGCUUCGAAUCCUGGGUGGGUGGCCGUUACUCCGUCUGGAGUGCCAUCGGUCUUUCCGUGGCCCUGUACAUUGGCUAUGACAACUUCCACCAGUUCCUCGCCGGUGCCCACGCCAUGGACAAGCACUUCCGCGAGACUCCUCUGGAGCAGAACAUCCCCGUUCUUGGUGGUCUGCUUAGCGUCUGGUACAGCGAUUUCUUCGGUGCGCAGACUCACCUCGUCGCUCCCUUCGACCAGUACCUGCACCGCUUCCCCGCCUAUCUGCAGCAGCUGUCCAUGGAGAGCAACGGCAAGGCUAUCACCCGCUCGGGUGACUAUGUCAAGUACACCACUGGUCCCAUCCUGUUCGGUGAGCCCGCCACCAAUGCCCAGCACAGCUUCUUCCAGCUGCUGCACCAGGGCACCAAGCUCAUCCCCGCGGACUUCCUGAUGGCCGCCGAGUCUCACAACCCCGUCGAGGGUGGCAAGCACCAGCGCAUGCUUGCUUCCAACUUCCUCGCCCAGUCCGAGGCCUUGAUGGUCGGUAAGACCCCCGAGCAGGUCAAGGCCGAAGGCGCUCCCGAGAACUUGGUUCCUCACAAGACCUUCUUGGGCAACCGUCCCACCACUUCCAUUCUCGCUCAGAAGAUCACCCCGGCCACUCUUGGCGCUCUGAUCACCUACUACGAGCACCUGACCUUCACCGAGGGUGCCAUCUGGAACAUCAACUCCUUCGACCAGUGGGGAGUCGAGCUGGGCAAGGUUCUUGCCAAGAAGAUCCAGAAGGAGUUGGAGACUGCUGGCGAGGGCAAUGAUCACGACAGCUCGACCAGUGGCCUGCUGAUGGCCUUCAAGUCUCGGGCCAACCUGUCCUAA